GUGGUGACGGGCGUGAAGAGAAGUCUGCCGCCCGCCUCGUCAGUAGGGGCGGCCAUGGACGGAUCUGUGGGCGGCGCCGACCUGUACGCCCACGGCGCCCCCGCCCCCCCGCCCCCCAAGCUGGCAAGGACACAUCCGCCCCCCCUACUGCCCGACCACGGAGGUGGAGAAGUGUGCUCCUGUCCGCCCUUCGAGUGUACCUGCGGCAAGCUGCUGAUGGGCGGGGUUGUGGGCGUGGUGUCGUCGCCAGGGGGCGUGGGGUCGCUGGUGCCCCGCCCACCCCACUACGCCCACACGCCCCUCGACCCAUACUUCACCCACAUGCAGCACCACCCAGAGGAGGCGAGUCACGGAGUGCGAGCCACCCAACUCUACAGGAGCCCGGCGCCGCCCACAGGGGGAUUCCACCCACCACCGCCCCUCAACUGGUCGCCGCCCACCACCCUAACCCCUGAAUGGGGCAUGGCAGCGCCCGCUGGCUACCGCCCUGACGCCCUGAACGAUGGGUGGGGCAGCGCCGCCAUGUUGGAUCAGGGCGGACCCGGGUUGUGGAGUGAGGUGUCUGCCAGCCUCCCGCCCCACUCCCACAACACUCCUCACAGCUAUACCUGCGACUCUGAGCCAAUAUUCCCCUUCGAGGAAGCCUUCCAGCCGCAAGACAUCUUCGCCCUGGAGCAGCCAUACAGGAAGAAGGAGGAGUCAGGAGUGGCGGCGCCUGCCAUCCCCGAGGCCACAGCACAGAGGUUCCUGCAGUGUAUAGACGACAUAAUUGGUGACUGUUUCCUUGACGAUACGGAGCAGCAGCAGCAGCAGCGGUCUCCCCCCACCCUGCUGGACCUUGGUAGCGGGGCGUUAACACAACACCACCACCCAUAUACCACCCACGCGCCCUCUCUACCGCCCCCACACACGCCCACGCCCGUCUUCUCCACGCCCGCUACGCCCACUCCCGCCCCUACGAGCGGCGCGCCCAGUGCGGGGAUAGAGGAUUCUCUCCUCCACAACAGACUGCUCUCCCCGAGCCUGCAGCAGCUGCAGCAGCUGGAGGAGGCCACGAGGUCUCCCAGAGUGGACACCUUGUGUCCGGAGACCGGCGCCAGGUUUGCGUACCCUUCACCCGCCGCCGAUUACGUCAAUUACGCCAAUGAAACGAGCGGCUACGCCACCCAGGACUCCUCCACCAAUGGCAGCCUGUCGAGCUAUGACGUCACGGUGUACACGUCAUCAUUCUGCGUGUCGCCCAGCCAAUCAGAGAUGGUCUCGACGCGAGAGGGGAAGAGCGAUAAUCAGCUGCCAGCGUGUGAGGGGAAGUUAGUGCUGGCAUGUCAUCAAAUGGCGCCCAGCGAGGCUGCCUCUUCCCUCAGCUGAAGCUCUUCACGCGCUCCAUACCUGCUAUAACUGUCUCCAUACCUGCUAUAACUGUGCCUCCGGCCACUGUUGCCAGAAUAAUAACAUUCAAACUAUUGCAGGCUGUUCAACAGGCCUAUUGCUGAUGUUUAAACAACUCAGAGCUCGUCAGUUUGUCAGCCUUCACAAGAGUAGUUCUUAGAAUACAACCACUUUACACAAACUAAGAGAACAACGACCUGUCACUGUUGGUCUGAGUCUGUUAUCGACGUCUAGGGGUCUGAGAGUUCUUACAAUGGUUUAUUAAAAAGAUAAUCCUCUUGGAUUGUCUUUUUGCCAUGUAUUGCGUCCAGUACUUCGAAGAAUUCUAGUUCUUGGACAUUCUUGUGGCACAGACUUGUACUGCGCGAGGCUGGGAACACACUGGUGUUUGUAACAGAGGAACUAAUGGUUGGAAGUGAGGUACAUGAAGCCUCUGGAGUUUUGAGAAACCAAUAGAGGCAGAAAGCUCUUUCGAAAUCGAGUGGCCCUCAAGACAGUUCUUCCAGUUCUAAAAACGUUUUCAAUAUCCAGUAAACCGGUGAUUUAGACCCUAUUCCAGUCUUUUUCCCGGUUCGAAGUGCCACUGAAACUUUUUAAAAUGUUCUCUGGAACCGUGAUACAGAUGGUUUCAUAAUCGGUGUAGCUCUCAAGAGUAUUUACUGACUGUAUCCGGCAUCUGACUCACAAUAAGUUAAGAGCAGCUUAACUUAUGUUUAAUGAACGUGUUAGACAUGGUGAUGGAACACUCUUGAGUCGUUAGGCCCCCAGUGACUUGUCAAGAUAGUUAAUAUCUAAAAUUAGGGGUUUUUGCCCCGUGUUACUGAACACUGUCAUCUCAUGACUGUAGCGUCCACACCAUGAACACCUUCACCUCAAAAUCAAAUCUAGAAAUUUGAAAACUUUAUAUUUCUCCUUUUCUUCAGUUAGGCUUGUGCCUUCUCUCCGCGAGUAUUCUUAAUUUGAAUGUUUAAUUUGUGGUACAAAAAGUGGCUCCAUGGGGUGGUCGACGCUCUUACAGAACGUGGCUCUUCAUCUCAAGUUACAAAGUGCUGAGAGCGUUACAAAGUGCUGAGGGCGUUACAAAGUGCUGAAAGCGUUACAAAGUGCUGAGAGCGUUACAAAGUGCUGAGAGCGUUACAAAGUGCUGAGAGCGUUACAAAGUGCUGAGAGCGUUACAAAGUGCUGAGAGCGUUACAAAGUGCUGAGGGCGUUACAAAGUGCUGAGAGCGUUACAAAGUGCUGAGGGCGUUACAAAGUGCUGAGAGCGUUACAAAGUGCUGAGAGCGUUACAAAGUGCUGAGAGCGUUACAAAGUGCUGAGAGCGUUACAAAGUGCUGAGAGCGUUACAAAGUGCUGAGGGCGUUACAAAGUGCUGAGAAUGGCUCCUGCUCUUCUCGUACCGCUCCUCGUUAGGUUGUCUGCAAUUCCCGAUCUCCAGAAACUAUCAUUAGUGUUUAAGAAGUUUUAUCAAGAUUUGUUUUAGGCCAUAUUGACCCCUUCAGCCGCUGUGAAGUUGCAACGAAACAAAAUGUCAAAGUUUGCCCUUAAAACGUCAAUAUUUUUAUUUUCUCCAUUUAAAGAAAACAUGAUAUUUGGCGGGAACACAGCGGCUGAAGGCUCCCAUAUAUAGUUAAGUCUGUAGCCUUUAACUCACCACAUAUCUGCUCAUAAGUUAAAGUAUUAUGAAGAUUAUUAUUUUUUCCAAUGCUAGUCAAAUUCGUUCGGUCGCAUUUCACUGCAAAACUAGUCAAGACGAAAAAAACAAAAUGACAAACACAUAUUCUCUCAUUUCUGUGCUUUUCUUCCGGUAAUGAGUCUGAAAAUGACUUUUUUAAAUUAUGUUAUUAAGAUUUAUGUAUGUGUAGAAGACUGCCAAUUACCUUUAAACUAGUGUACAGGAGUCGAGUACCUUUUGUAGGUAAGAUAACAUA